AUGUCGGAAUCUUCCAGCGUCGACGUGGAUGUGGAGGCAGACAGGACGGGCCAAUGCUCCUCCGAUCCUUCCGCCGCCCACGAUGGCAACAAGGUCGCGGCGCUCCGCCAGCGCUCGCAACGCCUGACCGCCCGUCUCCGGCAGACGCAACGGGAGAUGGAGUCCAGUGCGGUCAGCAGCCAGGCCGUGAAGAACGUCAAUCCACCGCCACCGCAGCAGCGCCGCCUGGUGGAGGCGGUACCGGCUCCUAACCAUGCCCCCCACAGCCGUCAGAACAUACCCGUUCCUGGAUCCCUGCCAGUGGCGGUGGCCAUGACCCUUCCCUACCACCACCUAGCACUGCCCUCCUACACGGUGGCACUGCCGUCCCAGCCACCGCAGCUGCAGCACAUGCAGAUUCUGCCGAACCACAGCCAACAGCAGCCCAUGGCCAAGCAGAAGAAGUCCAAGCACCGCCUCCUGAGCGAGGUGGAAGCCCUCCAGGAGAUGGUCAAACUCCUGUCGCACGUCUCCCCAGACGUAAAUGCGUAUGCCGCCCAGCUGAUACGCCAAAACGAAGUCCUGGCCCACCUGGAGUGGAGUCAGGACAGGACGAGACAACCACCCACCCAACGCAUCGUAGGCGGCAGCGAGAUGAUCCGGCGACAACUGCCAACCGAGCAACAACCCACUGAGCACCGUCUGCGCCACGAGUCUGAGGUCUCGAGCACAAGCAGCAACAGCAAUCCUGCCCAGCAGCAGCAACAGGCGAAGCAGGGACGAAGGCAGCGCAACCGCAAGAAAAGCGAUGGCUCCGGCAACAACAACAACCACAACAGCAGCAACAACAAGACACAGUCGCUGAAAACCGAACUGGAGGCCAUGCGGACGUACAUAAACAAGAUAGUCCAGCAUUAUGUGGGCACGGACCACAAGCUGCCGCCGGAGCUGCUUUUUAAGGGCAACUUUUCCGAUCUGGAGGCGCAUGCCCAGAAGCUGGCUGCGGCGGGCUAUGGACGGAUUGUGGAAGAUGAAAUCCGGGUGAACCGCAAGAACAACAGGCAGGCCUUCAUCACGAUGUCCACAGAUCGCGAGGCGCUCGAACGGGAUGGCAUCGUACUGCUGCCUGUGGCCCGUCGCUACGCCUUCGAGGGUGACAAGGUGCGAGCCUUCGUUCUGAAUGCUGGUGCCCAGUGUUCCAGCGCAAAGAGCGCAGAGCCAACCUCUGGUGGGAUCACUGGCGGAAAGCCGUCUUUAUCACUGGCUGACGAUGAGGAGCUCUCAGACGAAGACGCCGAGUCUCAGGACUCGGAAACCGAUGCCGACAAUGUGGUCGUGAUAUCGUCGGACAACUGCCCCAAGGCGUUCGUCAUAGCCAUCACGAAGCAAACUGAGCUGCGCCAGAUCGUCGGGACGAUAUCGUUUACGAACCCCACAAAGCUCUGUGAUGACCAGCUCUUCUACAAGUUCCGACCGUACGACUUGCGAGUGCCUAUGGUCUACGUGCCGAAGGACGCCUGUGCCGCCCAUAUCGGCGGCAAGCCGCAGGGCGAAGUGUCCGGCCUUCUGUACCUGGCCCACAUUCUUGAGACUGAUUGUAAUGGCCACUGCAUUGCCGAGCUACUCCAGCCGGUAGGCCGCGUGGGCAAUCUGGAGGACGAACUGAAGGCUAUUCUCUUCCAUAAUGGUCUCCGCGAUAUAAAGCCAUUUGAGCAGCGAUUCAACGACAUGUAUGCCCAGCCGCCAGCGGCGAUCAGCAAGGAAGAUCUGCGUCAGCGCAAGGACUUGAGAAAGAUGUGCAUAUUCACCAUAGACCCGAUGACGGCGCGCGAUUUAGAUGACGCUGUUUCUGUCGAGAAGCUUGGCGACGAUAAAUACGAGGUUGGCGUCCACAUAUCCGACGUAUCUCACUACCUGCCGGAGGACAAUGAGCUGGAUAAUAUCGUGAAGGAGCGCUCUACUUCGAUUUACUUGGCCAACGAAGUGAUCCACAUGCUGCCACAGCCGCUGUGCAUGCGCUGUUCGCUGCUGCCCGGCGAGGAUAAGUUCGCGUUCUCCGUCUUUUGGCAGAUGAACGGGCGGGGAGAAAUGCUGCGGGAGAAGCCCGAAUUUUGCCGCACAGUUAUUAACUCGUGUUCCCAGUUCGCCUACGAACACGCCCAGAAGAUCAUAGACAAUCCAAAAGAGUGCUUUACCGAGAACGACUUUCCAACCAUCCUGAAUGGAUUCCAUCCCGAGGAAAUUAAAGAGCGGGUCCUGUGGCUUCACGGCAUAGCGAGCUCCAUGCGUAAGUCGCGUUUCGACAAUGGAGCACUCACCAUUAACAACGCCAAACUGCGCUUCGUCCUUGACCCAAUCAGCGGAGAGCCCGUGUCAUUUGAAGUGGAGAAACAGCAAGAGGCCAACCGUUUGAUUGAGGAGUUCAUGCUGCUGGCCAACCAGUCUGUGGCCCGUUUCAUACACGAUUCCUUCCCGGAGAUCGCUGUGUUGCGCAACCAUCCGCCGCCACUGACCAAGUCCUUGAAGUCGUUGCGGGAAAAGCUGUUGACGCUGGGCUUUGACCUGGAUUACAGCUCCUCCAAAGCACUCCAGGAGAGCAUGGUGCGGCUGUGCAACGAGGCCCCCAAUCCUGUCGCCAUGAAUGCCUGCCUCAGUCAGCUGCUGAUGAAGCCAAUGGCCAGGGCAACAUACUUUUGCAGCGAGGGUAAAACGGAACCAUCCGACCUGUGGCACUACGCCCUGUCCAUACCCAUCUACACCCACUUUACUAGCCCAAUUCGUCGCUAUCCUGACAUAAUGGUGCACCGCCUGCUGGCGGCUGGACUUCAAUACUGCCCACCGCCUGCUCGCAGUCCAGACGAACUGCACGCCCUCACAAAACUGGCCAAUGAGCGCAAGUACAAUGCCAAAAUGGCCGGAGACGACUCCGGCAACUUGUACUUCAAGCGCUACGUACGCAAUAAGCAGGGCAUCUAUAUGCGAGCCGUGGUCAUUGAGAUAUUCCAGCACAUGAUGAACGUGGUCACCCUGGAGUCGGGGCACGUUAUUGGCAUUAACUACAAGAUGCAAACGCUUCUCGUGGACACGCACAGCGCGCCCAACUACAUUAUGAUUGCCGAGCGCAACAUGAAGCAGGCUCCUCGCAAGCUGCAGCUCCUCUCCUUGGUGCCCGUUUGUCUGAUCAUUUGGGACAACAAGCUGACUGGUUUCCUGUCGAUGGACGGCCAACCGAUUAAGUUGCCCAAGGAGCCGCAGCCCAGUGGAUCUGGUGCAUCUCCCCGAAGAAGCAAGCCAAAGCAACAGCAGCAGCAGCAAGUGCAGCAAAAUAACCAGCGGCAACGACAACAGCAACAUCUCCACCAGCAGCAGCAGCGGAUCUUUGCGAUGAGGCAAAACAGCUUAUAAUUAGGCUUCAACUCUUGCUUGGAGAUCCCUUUUGUUUCCGCGCCGUCGCUUGCAAUUUCUUUACUAAAUCCGAAACUGUUCAAAACUCACUUUUUUGAACAACAUUGUGGGUCUGAGCGAGGUAUACUUGGCGAAAUUUGACUCUGUGAUGCUUACUAUUUCGAUAUACAUUAGCGUAUACGUAUCGCAAUGAGAUCUGUAUAAAUGUAUGUGGUAUGUACAUUAAGUAAUAAAAUCAAAGCUAAAUUACUGGA